AUGAUACGUCCACAACGAGUUCCGGGACGUUAUGUACACAAUCAAUCAUCGAAUGAGACCAAUUCAUCAUCGACAAAUGCUGGGGAUAUCACGUCGUAUAUUGGAAAGAUUUUAAUAAUCAAUCACCAUCAAGUAGUUGUGGAAAAUAUUCUUGGCCAAGGUGGUUUUGCGUUUGUCUUUCUUGUUCGAGCAUAUAAUCAACAAAGAUAUGCACUCAAGCGCAUGUAUGUUAACAACCAACGCGAUUUACUCGUUUGUCAACGUGAAAUUUCGUUGAUCAAAGAAUUUUCAACGCAUCCAAAUAUAAUCAAAUACGUCGAUUCCUCGAUAAAUCGAUUGCCGUCAACAAAUGUUCAACGACGGCAAUACUAUCCAGGUGAAAGUGAUAAUGGAAAUGAUGAAGAUGAUGCUAUUUAUGAAAUUCUCUUACUAACAGAAUAUUGUGCCAACGGGGCAUUGGUUACUCGUCUUAAUGAACAGCAUAGUGUUGGUUUGACAUUAAAUGAACAUCAAAUUUUACGUAUAUUUGCUGAUGUAUGUCAUGCUGUGAGUGCAUGUCAUUUUCGUCGUCCUCAACCAAUUUUGCAUCGUGAUAUCAAAUUAGAAAAUAUCCUGAUUAACUCUCUUCAGAACUACGUUCUCUGUGAUUUCGGUUCAGCUAUUUUGCUAUCAGCAUCAACAAACAAUGAGUUUCAACAAUAUCCUGUGAAUCAAUUGACAACUAAUAUCAUUCAACAGCUUGAAGAAGAAGUUCAACGUUAUACAACAUUGUCCUAUCGUGCACCGGAAAUGAUUGAUCUGUACAGUCGAUUACCAAUCACUCUAAAAGCUGAUGUUUGGGCAAUGGGUUGUCUACUUUAUAAAUUGAUGUACAACACAAUGCCAUUCGGUGAUAGUAUUUUAGCAAUACAAAACGGAGCAUUUGUUAUACCGGAUGAUAUGGCUCAGACAUACAGUCGAGAAUUGAACUUACUCGUUCGGUACAUAUUAGAAAUUGACAUUAACAAACGACCAGAUAUUUGGCAGGUUUCUUAUUUGACAUAUAAAUUACUUGGCACUGAAUGUCCUAUUCCUAAUCGGUGCCAAUCAAAAAUUCCUGAUCUGAAAGGCGUAUCGAUGCCAUUAACCGACAGUGAAGCUCGAUAUCGCCGAAUAAACGCUCUAUCGAAGAUAAAAUCAACUUCGACUAAUGUUCUGGAUGAAUCAUUACCUCUGGGCACAGCGGUUAAUCCACGUGAACGUCCCCGAGGAAUGAUUGCACCUUCGACUUCAUUAAUCAAUUUUAAUCAAACUCCUCACCAAGCUCCUACUCUUUCUGUUCAACCACCUCCAUCAUCAUCUUCAGCAAAUCCAUCACGAUCAGGUUCCGCAGCUCAAUUGAUGUUCGAUGAUGAUUUUUCCAAAAUUCCAUCCCAUGCAAUCAGUUUAACGAGUAUUUCCACAGCAACAGCAGCAGCAGGUGCGACAAACGAACAAAAUAUAUCUCGCGUGCGGCCGUCACCACCAGCGACUGUAUCUACUGCAGCUGGUUUCUCUUUACAGCAACAGCUCUUCCCUCUUCCACCACCACCGGCUACGUCUUCAUUCUCAGCUUCUAAUCUUCAUGCGCAUCGACGUAGUUCAUCGCAAACAUUCAGUCCAACGAAUAUCCAGUCGUCUUUCCCAAUCGCCUCCUCCGCUGAUUUAUCUAACCCGAAAGAAGCAUCAAAUGACGAUAACGAUGCUGAAGAAAUCGCAACAAAUUUUUCCAAAUUCAAAGCCCUCAAUAUUUCAGAUUUACAUGCGGAUGAUGAUCAAGUAUUUCUAGCAGACCAUCAAAAGUCUAGUACAAAAUCCAUCAGUCAUCAUCCAUCAACGGAGGAGGCGGAAAAUAAAACCUUUUUUCCCAAUUCACUUGAUUAUUUCACCGUGCAGCACAACCAGUCCACAUCAGGUUUCCAGAAUCACGCAAAAGAAUAUGACCUACGAAAUAGCUCUGAGAACGGAUUCAACCGACUUGUCGAUGAUGAUUCAAACACGGAAUCCUAUCAUCGUUCGACUUCAUCAAAUGGCUAUGCAAACCCAUCCAAUAAUUCUUUUGCUGAUGUGAACAAUCCAUUUCUUCAAGCACCAUUCAAUCGUUCAUCUGGCAGUAAGCAAACAUCAACCACCUCAUCGAUCAACGCUGAUCGAAUAACAACAACAACAGCUACUACUGCUACUAAUUCGAUUGCAUUCGAUCCAAACAGUAUCGUCAUUGGAAAGAAAGCAAGUGCGUUUACUCCUUACCAAAAGCAGCCAAUUCAUACUAACAAUACUGUGAAUGAUGUAACAAGUCUCUUGAGUACAUCGAUGUCGAAAGUACCUCAUUCCGAAGUCUUUCCUUCAGAUAAAUCGUUACCUACGAGCAACGUCUUUACAGCUGCUCCCUUCAAAGCAAAAGCCAAGAAUAAACAGCGUCCAAUAACACCGAAUAAAGACGACGACAUUAACAACAAUCCUGAACAACAAGGAUAUUCGAAUUUAUCAUUUAACGAUGCUGUUCAAGACAAUUAUUUCUGA